AUGGAUGUAAACGGUUAUUCUCUUAGUGAUUGGAUGAAGAACUGCACCAAGCUUUGGGAGCUGUUUUCUUCGACCUUCAAAUACCGCGAAGCGUGUGAUGUGAAUCAAACGAUGUAUGAAGAAUUCGUCAAUGCAGCCGCCAUUACUAUACCCGCCAAUAAGUCGAAUUUCUGGGAUGGUUGGGGCAUUUACGACACCGUACACGCCUAUGCCAAAGAAGGAAGAAGGGCGUGGUCACUCGAAUAUACACUUGUUGGAUACCUGAUCAAUAAUCUUAAGUUCUGUGGCCAGAAGAAUGAAACGGGUUUUAGGUACGACUCUUGUCCUGGGAUGGAUGAGUGUGGGUUCGCAACCGGAUGUGCUGAUGCAUUCUGGGCGGAGGCCUCUGUAUAUUUUGCAAAGCAAGCAAAGGGGCAUGUUCGUGUUCUCUUUGACAGCAACCGUGAGGGUGGUGCAUUUCAAAAUGAAAAUAGCUACUUUGCUCAGUUCGAGUUAAUCAACAUGCGACCAGAGGCCGUGGAUAAUGUGAACAUUUACCUCAUCACGAUGGUUGACCAAGAAACAGGGGAUAAUUGCAGUUCAUCGUCUAUUCAACAACUCACCACUAUCUUAACGCAGAGGGGUAUUUCAUACACAUGCCAUGAUCAGCCAAGGGAUGUACUACAUUUGCUCUGCACAGAUGAAAUCGCAUCGGAAGUGUGCCUUCUCCAAAAGGAUAUCCUCGAAUCGCCAACAGAUGUCGCCCUCCCGUUAACCACUGGUUCAGCAUCACGAACGCGGAGCACGAUAGGAGUUGGUUGCCAUGCAUUUAUAGUGAUUUCUAUUUAUAUCUUACACAGUAUUUUACACUACACGUAACAUUGAAUCAAUUUUAUUGGUUGUUUAUCAUUGGUUGUACAGGAUGUGCCAAUCUGCAGAGUAUCAGAUCAUUAUUGGAUUAUACACUGUAAAUUCUGAGGUGUUAACAUGGUCAAUGUGUCCCAAAGAUGACCACACCUUGAGGUGUAUUACACCCCAGAGAUUGAAUCUAACACCUAAGUAUGUCAAAGUAAACUGGUGUUGAAAGAACAUAAAAAAAUCAACACUGGAGAAGAAUGACCUGUGUAAUCUUCUACACAAAUCAACACCUCGAUUUUGUAGUGUAGUAUAAAAUCCGCAGUAUUAAAGCAAGCAAGAUCAAGUAAAUCAAAUUGAUUGUUUAAAGACUGGGGCAGAUUAACCCCCUCUCCCCCUCGGCAUUAUUCGCGAAAAAUAUGUAACGCAGAAAGGUGGCCCAAGGCGGGCCGUGACUUUUUUUCUUUCAAGCCUUUCGAAACUGAAUUACGAGACCAACUUUGAGACCCAAUGUUCGCUGUCCUGAAUUACACAACAUGUCAUUAGAACAUGUCAGACCCCAAAUGGCUAAAAACAUUAAUUCUUGUGGAAAUCCAAUGCAUUUUGUUGGGUUUUUUAAAGGCGAAAUUCAUAAAUGUAUCAUCAUAUUUUUACUUUUACUGAUUAAACUCAACUGAUUCCCCAGUCUUCUUAUGCGUCAAAAUAGCCCAGUCUUUUAGGGUGAUUUUUUUUAGGUAGUUGGUAGACAUUUGUCAUAAUGUUGCAAAGGCUCGUCAACAAAAUCAUACCGGACCUCGUGAAUGUUAUACUAUCUGUUUCAUACCUGCAUAAAUGAUAUUCAUUGACUUUUACAUCAAAACAAAAUGUAGAUCAUCCAAAUCCGACCAGACAUUAAUGAAAUGGAACAAAGAGGAUUUCUUUAUCACCCCACCCUCACAACCCACAUACGCACAUCGAAGUACCGAAUCGAUCAUGGACCUAUUACGAAUAGGUCCAUGAAUCGAUGUAACAUAAUAGUAGGCCUAUCGUAUCAAAAUGUUAAUCAAUACUCGAUGUAAGAAUGAUAUAUUUCAUCAUAUUUGUAAUAUAAUCUUGCUUGAGCUAUUGGAAUUUUUUUUGUUUCAAUAUGCUCAGCGAGUUCUUGAUACAGAAUAAAAUUCUGCGGAGUCAAAUAGAGUAGAGUCAGGUAGGGAGUCAACUCUGAUUCGGGUCAAAGUGACUGAUGUCCUAGGUUACUCUGCUAUGUGUUGAGUCAUUUUCCUUUUGCCAUUAAGAGCCAAAUUACUUCGGAAUCCUAGUCACUUUAACUCGGAAUGGUCUUGACUCCCAACUGACUCCAUUUCAAGUCAGUCAAAGUUGCCCUACUGGAAACAACAGUGUACCAGUGUGUUCACAGUGUGGAACACAAUGUGAAAUCACUUUCACACCGUUGAAUCCGAGCAUUUCAACAGUGUGAAUCACAUAUUCACAUAGUCGACCAUGUGAAUACGCUGUGGUCAGUCACACUGUCGAGGUUUCCACAGAGUGAAAAUAUCUUCACACUGUGGACAUCAAGCAUUUUAACAGUGUGAAUAAUAAUUUCACAUAGUCCACCAUGUAAACACAUAUUCUAAAGUCGGUUUAGUUCAAACUCUGGCUUAAAGUUGCGGUCUAACUAUGGAUGGCCAACUGUGGCAUAAAUCUCAAGGCUCAAGCUCAUUUGACUCUCAACUCAUUCUUAACUGUCUGAGAACGAUAAAUAAGAUUAUCUUCAUCAUGAAAGAAGUGAGAAAGAGUACAGUAAAAUGAGAACAUGUCAUGUAAAAAAUAUAUAUUGUUGGCUUUCCAUAGCGCAAAGUUAGACCUUGGGUCUAACUCUUCAGAAUACGGACCAUUGUGGUCAGACUGUGCGACACUCUGUUCUUUCCAUCAGGGUGACAACAGUUUAGAACUAUGGAAAUUAUUUGAUUCUAUUGGCUGAUGGUAAACUUGUUGUAAAAAUUAUUCGCUUGGGAUUAAAACAAGUAUAUAAUACACAUCUUUAUGAAACGGGACAAGACAAAGAUUGUUGAAUUGAUUCACUAUAAUCAUGAUAAUACAUGACUUCGCUGUUGAUUGUUUCAACUGAAAUGACCACAGUUCAUCGUGCAAAAUUGUUUGAAAUUAUAUUAAAUAUAAUUGAAAUUUUAAAAAGGGCCUUUGGGUAAAGGGUUAACGCAAAGGCCCUUUUUAAAAUGUAAUUUUAACAUGGAGUUUAGAGGUGUUUUUGCACUGUACAUGCACGAAAUUCUGAGGCGAAAGAAAAUCUAUUUUGCAGGCACAAUUUCAGUGUCUGAUGAUUUUUGUGAUUCUGUCAUUGGCUGUCUUUAUGAAUAUAGAUUGUAUCGUAUGUUAGGUAACCAGGUCAAUAUCUAUAUGAAAUUUCUUUGAUUCAAUUUCUAUCACAUGUAUAUAUCUUGUUACGUUAAAUGGUAAUAUUUACCGUGAUUAUCUGUACAUUUUAAACACACACAACGAUGACGUUGCAAUGACGUAUUAUAGCAUUCAGGUGAAAUGUUUUGUAUGUUCUAUCAAAUAAGCUUUCUAAGAAAAUUAAAUCGUAUUUAGGAAUCAUCCGUUUUCGUAUUCUGCAACAUGAUGUGUAUGUAUUUCCAUUUUUUUACUGUUUGUUAUUUUACAAUUCCUUAGCAAUGAUGACCACAUAAAUAUUUUCCAACAAAUUAGAGCAUAUUAUUUCGUUCGACUGUUAAUUCACCCCAACUCCCCCCACACACAACACACACACAUACCCACACGCACCCUCACACAAUGAAAACAUUCAUUUCAGCAGUCUACAGAUAUGAGCAAUGAUCACGUGUGUUGUCAUUGAUAAAGAAGGCUAACAUUUGAGUGUAUGUGUAAUAUUGAUAAAGGGCAUUAGUUCUAAGAAUAAUUAUCCAUGGAGUGAAGGUAAUGAGCCGGAAAGUGUGUUUUUUAUCAUGCAUGUGGUAUGUUAAAAAUCAGGCCGACGGGAUAUUCAUGAAGUUCGGUGACUGAAAAGUAUGAUGUUUCACAUUAAAAAUUACAAAAAAUAGAAGUUUGUAGAUAAUUGUUGAAGCUCUCACCCGGUCCCUAGCCCAUGCUGCGACAUUGAAUAGGUGUUAAACACCAGAGAAAAUCAUACUAUGGGCCUAUAUAGUGAAACCGUCGGGACAAAAUUAGGAAGCAAAAUAAUGCAUGUAUUACCUGUAAUUGGACAAUAAUGAUAAUAUUGAAUCAUACAUUUUCUUAGUUUUAACUGUAUAUUGUUUGGAAUAAAAUUAGGAAGCAAAACAGUACAUAUUAUAUUCCCUGUAAUUGGACAAUAAUAAUGUUAAUGUUAGUUUUAUUAGGUUUUAUGGCUUUUAACUCUUAAUAUUAUAUUGGUAGAUUACAAAUAAGUUAAUUCAAAUACAUGGUUCGCAUUUCGUUCGUACACUGCAAAAACGCCGGUGUUAAUUUAACACCAACCUGGUAUCUAUAUCGGUCCACACCAGAGAGGUGUUGAAACAACACCGGUUUGGCGUUAGGCUAACACCAAUAUAUAAGCAACACCAAUUAGUGUGAAACGAAUAUCGGCUUGAUUCUUAACUGGGGUUGUUUCAACGCUUCUCUGAUGUGGACCAAAAUAGAUACCGGGCCGGUGUUAAAUCAACACCGGUGUAUUUGCAGUGUAUUUUAGCACAGUUUUAUUAUUGAUUUCAUUAAGUGAAGUUUUAGAUAAAGUAGUUGUUGUACCUUCAUGUAGUUGUGUAUUCUGCAUUGAAAAUGGCCUAAUCAGCCCUAAUGGAAAGAACAGUGUCCCACAGUGUGUGUCAUAGUAUGUUCACAGUGUGGAAUACAAUGUGAAAUCAUCUUUACGCUGUUAAAUUUCAGCAUUAUUUCAGUAGUGUGAAUCACAUAUUCACAUAUUGUGAACACGCUGUGAACAGUCACACUGCCGAGGUUUCCACAGUGGGAAAAUACUAUACACACUGUUGAAUUUGAGCAUUGUAACAGUGUUGUAUUUUCACAUAGUCCACACAUAGUCCACACUGUGAACACACUGUGAUCACAUUGUGAUCACACUUUGAACACACUGUGAUCACACUGUGAACACAUUGUGAAACACACUUUGAACACACUGUGAACACAAUGUAAACACACUGAACACACAGUAAACACACUGUGAACACACUGUAAACACACUGUGAACACACUGAAAACACACUGUAAACACACUGUGAACACACUGUAAACACACUGUGAACACACUGUAAACACACUGUGAACACACUGUGUUCUUUCAAGCAGGGAGGGCUGACCUUAUAUUGACCACGAGGAAUGAGGGCAUGUUUUCUAUCCAAAAGAGAAGAUAAUCAACAAUGACAAAACACUUUUUAACGACCUUUAAAAAAGUGGGCCUCAGGCCUACUUAUAUUUUAGGCGUUUGAUUGAACGCGAUUGUGUAAUUGUAUACAGGUAACGCAAAGCAGCUGGAUCGCACGUAAUCAUUAUGUAAAUAUGAAAUCGAUUUAUAUCAGUAUUUAGAAUGAAUUACUGUAUUUAUGGUGUCGGGUUCCUAUAUAUAUGCUAAAUGAUUUUAUCAAGAUAUACUCUGUUAAAAUAUAGUUCUGUCUGGCCAUUCGAAAAUAGGUGUUCGUUUUAUUAUGUUCGUAAAUGUCUAUAUUUAUCAUUUAUGAAAAGAUUAAAGUUAUAGGGGCCAGUAGAA